CAGGUGCUACAAAUGGCAGUUGUUGCUUUCUCACCCACACAUAACAUCACUAUACCCUUCUUCUUCUUCUUCUUCUUCUUCUUCUUUGGCCUCUUUUUCAUUCAAGGUGUCUUGAUGAGCUAGUGUGUUUUGUUUGUGAAUGUUUGAGAUUAUGUGUUGUUGAAAGACAUGAUUUGCAAGUUGAAGCGUGGAUGAGGGGAUCCUGACUUGGAUGAGUAUCAGUUAUAAGAUAUAGAAUUUGGGUUUUGGAGACAAUGGCAGAUCUGGAACAAACAUCGAGCAAGUUUGCCGAGAUCUCAUUGAAGAAAGAUUCAGGUGCAGGUGCAAAUGCAAAUUCGAGAACGGACAUGGUACUCAUUACUACUAAUCCUCUCUCUGAACUGGUGUGGUCUCCACAAAAAGGUUUAAGUCUUAAAUACGCUAAUUCUAGCUUGUCAGAGAAAAAGGCUUCUCUUCUAUGGAAUGCAGAAUCAUUCAACAUAAUGAUUUUACCGCCUCAAUGUCCUAAUGUUGGUGAGAGUAGUAAAGCACAAGAUACUAUUGAUAGGAAUUUGAACCCGGUUCAGUUGGAAAUAAAUUCUGAGAGCAAGAACUCAAACAGAGAAGCUCCGCCAAGUCCUCCUCAGAGUGUUGCUGGGAUGCAGCCAAUUUCUCUGACAUUGAUCCACGAACAACAUUCGAGAUCUUACGGGCAUAUGGGACAAUUUGGAAGUACAAGUGUAAAUUUAGAUAAUCCGGAAAAAGACAAAAAUGAAGAGAUCUUGCACUCCAAAAGCAUUUCAAGAGGCGAUGAAGUGUGGAAGAAUGCAAAAUCGGCAGUUGAAGUUAUGCCGGAGGCUUUCAAUUUAGGUACACAGAAAAUAAAAAUCCUCUGGUUGUUUCUCUACUAUCGAGCAACUAAAGGAUCGAUUGGAACAAGAAAGGAUAAUUUGCUGGGCUUGGAAGGCAAAGCUGAAGAUUAUUCUUCAGAAAAGCAUAACUUUGUUACGAAGUUGCCAUCAAACCCAAGAACUGUUGCUAAUGAGGGUUUAAAUUCAGAAAAUGUCAGAAGUAAUAUAAGUACCAGAGUUAUUGAGUGUGCCGAUAACUUCCAGUCACUUGGGAAGCAGGCUAUGUUUGGGCGAGAAGCUGUUGAUUUGCAAGAUAGAAAUGAAGUUCAUCAUAUUUCACCAGCACAAGCUCCAGAUGAGCAUGAAGCUGAAUUGAGGAAAGCUUCUCUACUUGGAAAAUCUGCUCCAACUGAGGGUUUACUGAACAAAAGUGAAAGUCAUAGAAGUCAUUCAGAAGUGUAG